AACAUAAUUAAGAUUUUGCUAUUUCAGGCACAAGGCCCCAUGCUUUUUGUGCAAGCUUAGAAGUUAGAACACAUUAGAUUAGACUUAAGGAAAAUAGUGAGGUCCCCCUAUGUCCUAAUGAAAGCAAAGACGGGAGCUGAUUUGGGUCCAUUGAAAAUUGAAUAUAUAAAGCAGCAAGGCCAACAAACUUUUCUGUUUUAUAGGUUAUGUUGCUCCUUCUCUCCCACAACUGUUUUUGUUUCAUUCACCCAUCUUUAAAUAGGAUCCUUCACACCCUACCCGCCAAGUUGGAAUACUCCCAUAAGAUUUGCUCUGCCCUGCCUUCUCUCCUCCCUUCUUUCCUCCCUUCCCAUCUCAGAUUGUUUUCUUCUACCUUACUUCUCCACAUGCAUUUUCCUCAUCUCAAAAGCCAACAUGUUAGUUCUCAGUCAUCUGUUGUUUUCCCUUUUGUACGGCCAGCCAUUCUUUGGUGAAAAUUUGUAGGAGAAACGAAGCAGAAAAAACAUGGGGAUUGGUAGUAGGACUUUGAGGGCUCUGUUUGGAGUUUGUUUGUUUGUGGGGUUUAUUUGGUUUUUGUUUGCUGACAUCAUAGGAAACCAUGUGACUACAACAAAGACAGCGAAAAUGGUGUCCACAACUAGGAAUUUCAAGCACUGGAAGUUUGUUGCAGAAGAGAGGCAUCCUUUUCAUCAGGAUUUCAAUCUCAAUUAUGUGAGCAAGAGAAGAGUACCCAAUGGACCUGAUCCCAUCCAUAACAGGAGAGCAGAGAAGUCCAGACGACCGCCAGGACGAGCUUGAUCUGAAGUUGAAGAAAACUCAAGUUUUGCACGUCUCCUAGAAGACCCUCGUGCAAAAAUGCCAUUAAAAUUUCUGUGCUUCUUUGACUCCUUGAUAGUUUUUUGAUUUACAUGAUGAUUCAACCAGCAGUUCGUUAUAACAAGAUGGUUUAACUAGGGUUUUUUGAGUACAUAUAUAAGCUUUGUGGUUUCAAGUUUCUCAGAUUUCUUGUUCAUCAAGUUUUGAAGGUGACAGACAGAAGAAUUGAAGGACAUUCAAGAAUCAAGAAUAUGAGAAAGAUUGAAACUUUUAGAGGUGUCCCACUAGUAUUUCCUUGGUUGAGUUCUUUUGGAGAAGAAUGAUGGCUAGGGUUUUGGCUUCGCAUGACAAAACAAGGACCAAGGAAAUGUUGGUUAGGGGGUUCGGGGCAAAUUCCAAUGAUCCCUAGGCAUUGUAACAUGUACUAUUACUCUGUACCAUUACUCAGCUUAUCUUUUUCUUGGUUAUCUAUUGGAAUGGAUUCCUUCUUUCUCCUUUGAUGUUGCCUUGUGUUCCCCAUGCCUACACAAAGCAAUACCCAUUAACCAAAGUUGUUCAAUUCUCAAAACAUUUUAUUUCCUUGAAUGGUGCAUUAAGAUUUUGAAUUUCAUUUUAGGUGCAAUAUUUCAAGGAUAACAACAAGCAGACAGCCUAUUUGUACGACUUAAACAAAGGAUCUCUACUUUCAUCUUUCUUUGCUUUUACUAUGGCCAAGGCCUAUACGCAUCACAAAAUGAAAAAAAUAUAAAACAGUGUGAUUAUU